AUGGCGUCAGUCCGGUCGUUAAGGGACGUCAUAUGGCGGCGCAGCCUGCGUCAUAACCGCGACCAAUCGGCACCAUUUAUACCGGAAAUGACGUCAUCGGGAGGGACUGCGACACCUGGAACCUGCGAUGCACACUGGGCGAGCAUGCCCGGCUUACUGAGUGACACAAUUGUGCCAAGUUCAUCGAUUUCAGACAAAAAAUUUGCCUCCUGCAUCCAUUAUAAGGCUCCCAUAAUAAGAAACAGAAACAGAAAACGAAAGGCUGAUUUUAAUGACGAAAAACACAUCUUUGUAAUAAUUAAUACAGAGAAUCCAACAUUUACUAAUGCCAGUACAGGGUUUGUGGCUGCAUGUGAAAGACCAAAACGAUGGAUGUUUCUGAUUCUGUGUAUCAUACUGAUUGUCAUAGUCCAGAUGUUUGCGUACCGACAAUCCAAAAUAAACACAGCAGUUUCAGACUGUCUGCAUGGAGGAAAAGUGGACAUCAUAACGACUAAUAAUUCUUUCGCUCAAUGUUCAGAAAUUUCAGAAAUUAGGCGCAACGGAACUUUGAGUCUUAAAUUGAAAGGUCGACUAGGAAAUCAGAUGUUCCAAUAUGCUUCAAUCCUUGGACUAGCCGACAGGAUGAAUUUUACACGGAUUGUCAUAGACGGUGGAAAUGAUCUUUUGUCCUCAUUUCAACUGUCUGACAACAGAGUCAACUUUACUCGCAUAUCUACCAAGGGUAGAAUUAUAAAUGAACGUCUCUGUUGUGCUUUUGACACACGACUUACCAAGUUAAAUAACACAGAGGAUGCCAUCGUGAACGGAUACCUAGUAUCAUGGAAGUAUUUUCACAACAUUGAGAAACAUAUUAAACACGAAUUUGCAUUUGUGCCCAGGACCUUGUCAGAGGCAAAGAGGAUUAAACAUGGAAUUGCGAAACAGUUUAAUGUCACAGGAAUAAAAAGCACAUUUAUCGGUGUACAUGUCCGAAGAGGUGAUUUCCUUGAUAAAUCGAACAUCGAGUUCGGCCAUUUUCCUGUAACAAAAGAAUUUAUUACUCGUGCAAUUCAGUUGAGCAUUAAAAUGUUUGGAAACGAGACCAUUUUUGUAUUUUGUUCUAAUGGUAUUGAGUGGGUAAAAGACAACUUUUAUAAUAACAGCAAUAACUGGAAGGUGGCUUUCUUGGGAGGAAACUCUGCCGCCGUGGAUAUGGCCGUUCUUAGUUUGUUUGACCAUAGCAUUGUCUCCACGGGGACGUUUGGUUGGUGGGCAGCUUGGCUGGCGGGAGGAACAACUAUCAUUUCUAAGCAGCAGGCCAGAAAUGGAUCUCCUCUUAGUAAGCAAUUCGUCUAUCCGGAAUAUUUUCCUCCAAAAUGGAUAGUUUUAGAUCACAUCUGA